GGAUGUAAACACAUUCUGUUUCCGGCACCGAGAGCGUCCACUCAGCGGAGAUGGCGAGUGGUGGAGUAUCUGUGGCUUCGCUUUGGACCGAAGUCAACCGCUGCGGACAGAAUGGAGACUACACCAGAGCCCUCAAAGCUCUCACUAAAAUUUUACACGAAAACAGGGACGAUGUGACGGCACUGCACUGUAAAGUGGUUUGCCUUAUCCAGAAUGGGAGCUUCAAAGAGGCGCUAAAUGUGAUGAACACCCACUCAAAGGUGCUCGGCAGUGAGGUGGUGUUUGAGAAGGCCUACUGCGAGUACCGGCUGAACAGAGUGGAGAGCUCCCUGAAGACCAUCGAGAGUGCUCCUGAGCAGACAGACAAGCUGAAGGAGCUUUACGGUCAAGUGUUGUACAGACUGGAGCGCUACGAUGAGUGCAAGUCUGUCUACACGGAUCUGAUCAGGAACUCCCAGGACGAGUACGAGGAGGAGAGGAAGACCAACCUCGCCGCUGUGGUGGCUGCAAUGAGUCAGUGGGAGAAGGCUCCAAUGGAAGAUCUGGGUCUGCCUGAGUCAACGUAUGAGCUCUGCUACAAUGCUACCUGUUCUCUGAUUGGCCAAGGAAAGCUUACAGAGGCCCUCAAUAAACUACAGCAAGCAGAAGAGCUUUGCAGAGUCUCGCUGGCAGAUGAUUCUGAUAUGACUGAGGAGGACAUCCAGUCAGAGCUGGCCGUCAUCCAUUCUCAGAUGGCGUACGUCAUGCAGUUGCAGGGUCGCACAGAUGAGGCUCUGCAGCUCUACAACCAGGUCAUCAAGCUCAAGCCAUCUGACGUGGGGCUGCUUGCUGUGACUGCCAACAAUAUCAUCACCAUAAACAAGGACCAAAACGUGUUUGACUCAAAGAAAAAGGUGAAGCUGACGAAUGCUGAAGGUGUUGAGUACAAGCUGGCAAAGAAACAGCUGCAGGCCAUUGACUUCAACAAAGCCUUGCUGGCCAUGUACACUAACCAGGCUGACCAGUGCAGGAAGCUGUCAUCCAGUCUUCAGGCUCAAAAUCCAGGACAUCCACGGCCAGUCCUUAUCCAGGUGGCUCAGCUGUGCAGAGAGAAGCAGCACAGCAGGGCCAUAGAGCUGCUCCAGCAAUUCUCCGAUCAGAAUCCAGAGAGUGCGUCUGGCAUCAAACUGACAAUGGCACAACUCUAUUUAGUACAAGGUCAUGUGACAAAAGCCUGUGAUGUCCUGAGGUCCAUUGAAGAGUUCAAGCACAAACCAGGGAUGGUUUCAGCUCUGGUAACAAUGUACUCCCAUGAAGAAGACAUCGACAGCGCCAUUGAUGUUUUCAAACAAGCUAUUGAGCAUUACCAGUCUGAACAGCCUGGAUCUGCUACACAUUUGGCUCUUGUAAGAGAAGCUGCCAAUUUCAAGCUGAAGUAUGGGCGGAAAAAAGAAGCCAUUAGUGAUCUGGAGCAGCUGUGGAAGUGAGUUAAAUCCCUGCUAAACACUCGGCUGGUUCAACAUGUGUCAACAGUUGUUGCAUCCUUAGCUUUUUUCUACAGGCUCAGCAAACACCUACCGUCUGCAGACACCAUGUCUUUCAACGUGGACGUUGACGAGCUGGAGAAUUCCCACGGAGCCACAUACGUCAGGAAAAAAGCCGCUAAAGUCGUGGGAGAAAACCCUCCCAAAGAACAAGGCCAUGGUGAAAUCAAAAAGAAGAAGAAGAAAAAGAAAGGAAAAUUGCCCAAGAACUAUGACCCCAAAGUGACCCCUGACCCCGAGAGGUGGCUUCCUAUGAAGGAGCGCUCCUACUACAGAGGGAAGAAGAAGGGCAAGAAGAAGGAUCAAAUAGGAAAAGGCACACAGGGAGCGACGGCAGGAGCUUCAGCAGAGCUGGAUGCCAGUAAGACUGCCAGCAGCCCCCCUACCUCACCGAGACCAGGGUCUGCGUCCGGCUCUUCUACAGCCCCCGCCAGCAGCGUAGUUCCCCCACGACAGCAGAAACCGUCGUCCUCAGGCGCCACUCGCAAGAAAGCACCGCAAAAGAAGAAGAAAGGAGGCAAAGGAGGCUGGUAGACAGUGGGAAGCAAUGUGAGGAAGAAGGCUGUUGGCAUCUGAGCAGCAGAGAAUUUAGAAGCUUUUUUUUUUUCUUUGUUUUUUUAAAUUCAGUUUUAUUUUUUUUUAUUUUAUUUUUUUCUGUUCAGGUCAUUUGAUCAAACCAAAAUCCUCCCCGCUGCUCAUCGACACCAUGAAUCAGAUUUUUUUUUUUUUUACAAAAGGAGUUAAAAAAGGGUUGACGAUUGAAAGGACAGUUCCACUGAAAUAGACUUUUUGUUGCUCUGCAAAACCAGCGUUUGUUUUCACUGAAUCAAUAACACACAGAUAUCCAUAUUCUCAUUAAAUGUCCAUUGAAUUGUCUUCAUGGCUGCAUAUUUCUACACCUUAACAGUUGCACUGUAUUUAGCAUUUUUCUUUAUUUUUAAGCAAAAAACAAAUUCUGAUCAAUCAAAAAUGAAUUAAGUGUUUAAAUCAUGUAUGCAUUAAGGAGCUCAGUCAUGUCUUUAUUGCAUUUUAAGCAUUGUUAAGUACUCUUAAAACAGCGAGUAU